ACGCACAGGCUCCCUGCCCACCUCUGCUUCCUCUAGGAACACAGGAGUUCCAGAUCACAUCAGGUUCACCAUGAAUUCCCUCAGUGAGGCCAACACCCAGUUCUUGUUUGACCUGUUCCAACAGUUCAGAAAAUCAAAAGAGAACAUCUUCUAUUCCCCUGUCAGCAUCACAACAGCAUUAGGGAUGGUCCUCUUAGGGGCCAAAGGAAACACUGCACAACAAAUUAACAAGGUUCUUCAUUUUGAUCAAGUCACACAGAACACCACAGAAAAAGCUGCCACAUAUCAGGUUGAUAAGCCAGGAAAUGUUCAUCAGCAGUUUCAAAAGCUUCUGACUGAAUUAAACAAAUCCACUGAUGCAUAUGAGCUGAAGAUCGCCAACAAGCUCUUCGGAGAAAAGACGUAUCAAUUUUUAAAGGAAUAUUUAGAUGCCACCAAGAAAUAUUACCAGACCAGUGUGGAAUCUGUUGAUUUUGUAAAAGCUCCAGAAGAAAGUCGAAAGAAGAUUAACUCCUGGGUGGAAAGUCAAACGAAUGAAAAAAUUAAAAACCUAUUUCCUAAUAAGAGUAUUGAAGGAGACACCAAAUUGGUUCUUGUGAACGCAAUCUAUUUCAAAGGGCAGUGGGAGAAGAAAUUCAAUAAAGAAAAUACUAAAGAGGAAAAAUUUUGGCCAAACAAGAAUACAUACAAAUCUGUACAGAUGAUGAGGCAAUACACGUUCUUUAAUUUUGCCUUGCUGGAGGAUGUCCAGGCAAAGGUCCUGGAAAUACCAUACAAAGCCAAAGAUCUAAGCAUGAUUGUGCUGCUGCCAAAUGAAAUUGAUGGUCUGCAGAAGCUUGAAGAGAAACUCACUGCUGAAAAAUUGGUGAAAUGGACAAGUUUGCAGAAUAUGAGAGAGGCACGUGUGAAUUUACACUUACCCCGGUUCAAAGUGGAAGAGGCCUAUGAUCUCAAGGACACAUUGAGAACCAUGGGAAUGGUGGAUGUCUUCAGUGAUGCAGACCUCUCAGGCAUGGCUGGGAACCGGGACCUCAUAGUAUCUAAAGUUAUACACAAGGCCUUUGUGGAGGUCACUGAGGAGGGAGCGGAGGCUGCAGCUGCCACAGGGGUAGUAACAGGCGUAGGAUCAGCUCCUUCAACUAAUGAAGAGUUCCACUGUAAUCACCCUUUCCUAUUCUUCAUCAGGCAAAAUAAGACCAACAGCAUCCUCUUCUUUGGCAGAUUCUCAUCUCCUUAGACACAAUUAGUCUGUCACUCCUUUUGGCAAAAUGUUCACCUACAGUCGUUCUGGUAAACCGAUUGCUGGCAACAACAGAUUCUCUUGACUCAUAUUUCUUUUCAAUCUCAUAGUCAUCAUCAAGAAUUUAAUGAUUGAAAUAGCAUGCCUUUC